ACGCCCCGCGUGGACCCUGUUCUGCCCGGCCUGGAUCUGAGAUUUGUUCCCGAAAGGAUGGUCCCUUUCAGUUUCCCUCUGUCAAAGUGUGCACUUUGGGACCCAGUUCCUAUGGGUGAUGGCAUUGGCUCACAUAUUACCUAUUACAGAAACCCAAAGUUAUCUAUGAUGGAGAAAACUUUGCGACUUGCCUAUCGCCAUGCUAAGCAGAAUGAAAAGAAAUUAUUUUCCUGUUUUUUGCUUGGGACUCUUGCAGUAGAUGAAGCUGGGGAAGGCAUAACACUAACAAUAGACCGCUUUGAUCCUGGUCGAGAAGUUGCUGGUGGAUCAGGCAAAAUUCCAUCUGCGCCUCUUCCUGGAGACUUUUUGAUUCCGUGUACAAUCAAUGCCUGGGGACCUUCUUCAGACAACAUUGUAGUGCACAGUGCUGAAGAUAUCAGCUUGGCUUUCAAGGGUCUACAGCACAGUCUGUGCAGUAAAGAAUCACUGGACACAGCCCUAGCAAGAAAUUUGAACGGUCCUAUGAAUAUUGCACAAGUUCAAGGAACUUACAAAUGUGGCUACCUUACUAUGGACCAGACACGAAAAUUGCUUUUGCUGCUCGAGUCUGAUCCCAAGGCUUAUGCUCUGCCAUUAGUUGGAGUUUGGCUGAGUGGAGUUACUCACAUCUGUAGUCCUCAAGUCUGGGCCUGUUGCUUGCGAUAUUUAUUCAGUUCUUCAAUUCAAGAAAGGGUUUUUUCGGAAUCUGGGAGUUUUCUUAUUGUGCUUUAUUCAUUGACACACAAGGAACCAGAGUUUUAUGAGUGCGUUCCAUGCAGUGGACAGACUGAACUAGGGUUUCAGAUCUUGACUUGCAAUGAAACAGUGCACCUCUUCAAAAAUGUUGAACCUUCAGAGAAGAGCCCCAUCCAGUUUGAGUUGAGUGCAGAAAACCAAAAUGCAGAAACUGAAUUCUUCAGCAGAGUUUGCAAGAAACUUCCUAUCAGAAGUCCUCCCCUAGGCUGUUCACCCAGCAAGUUGUCAGCAAGCGAUCAUGACUCCGGUGUAGAAGAUGAGGAUUUAUCCCCCAGACCAAUUCCAAGUCCUCACCCAGUGAGUCAACAGGUUACCAGGAUCUUUCCUUCAGUUCCUGAACUGUCACUUGUUUUGGAUGGGAGUUUCACAGAAUCAGGACAAUUGUCUAAGCCUAUGGGGAGUUCAAAUGCUAAAAGAUAUAACACAAGCAGCCCUAUAAGCAUGGGAUAUCAUGGAAAAAUGGGGAAUUGUUCUCUCGACAAUAGCUUAUUGCCUGGAGUAAGACUGCCUUCAAGUGCAAGCCCCUCUAGUCCGCAGUUUUGUGCAGCCCACUCACCGUGCCUGCACAUGCCCGCUUCUAAAGCGGGAUCAGAUAAUGGAAUGAUGGGAUUAUCUCCAGAUGCCUACCGGGUUCUUACAGAACAAGAUAGACAACUCAAAUUACUUCAAGCUCAGAUCCAACGCUUAUUGGAAGCACAGGCUCGUCAGGCUUGUUCCUCUGAACCAGCUGCAGCUAGCCGUGCUCUGCAGCCUGAGAAGCAAGGGGACCUUGUUUCUAUGGAAACACAGUCCUCACCAGGUUCACACAUGAGGAAAAGUGUGAGCAUUGCUGUCAGCACAGGUGCUAGCUUAUUUUGGAGUACAGCCUCAGAAAAACAAGACAACUCCAUACCGCAAGGGAAAAAAGAGGAUGAAGAGAUUUCUAAGGAAGACAUAAGCAUCUCAAUUAAUGCUGAACAAGAUGCAAGUAAUACAAGUAUUGCUUCUUCCUUAAAGGUGGUUGACAUGCCCAGCUUCGUAGACAGUAUUCAUCUUGUGGAAGAAGGAACUAAUCAGAACACUCUCCAAAAUGGAAACGUUUCCCAAGCACUUGCUCGCAGUUCAUCCUUGGAAGAAAGUAUUAGCGUGUCUUUACAGAAAGAACCAACAGAGGGAGCCAGCAACCAUGUGGUGGUAACAAGUGAGCAAAACUCAGAGCCACCCGCCUCGUUGCUGCCUCGGCAUCCAUCAGAGGAUCAGAAGCUUUACCAGGACUUACUGGGCCAAGUAAACCACCUCUUAAAAUCCUCGGAAGAGAAAGAUCACUUGCCUGUUAAAGCAGCAUUUGUUAAUGAUGAUGGUCCUGAGUAUCAGAAUAUUGAUGAUACAACAGAAAUGGCUUCAGAGACUGGCACAGGAGCGGUGGAUAAAGAGAGUGUGAUUAGUGCUACACUCAAACAACUGAAGAGUCUUGGAGUGACAAUUGACUCGCCUGGCAAAAUGAAGAAAAAUACACACAAAGUGGAGAAUGCCAGCAUCUUAGCGUGCAUAAAUCCUGAAGCAGUGGUUCCCGGACUAAAUUAUAUGUCAUUUGCCAAUGUCAGCAUGUGUGGCUUAACUCCUAAUGUUGUUGAUCUGAGCAUGGAAGCAAACGCUAUAGCACUCAAGUAUCUCAGUGAAAAUCAGUUAUCUCGACUUUCUUUCAGUCGCUCAGGCCAAAAUCCUCCUGCAGAUUUCUCUUUCCAAGAUCUGUUGCAUACAAAUAUGGAUAAGAGCAUGGUGGGUCUUAGCUUAAUUUCACCAAACAAUAUGUCUUUUGCAACCAAGAAGUACAUGAAGCGAUACGGACUGAUACAGGGCAAUGACAGUAGUGAAGAUGAAGAGGAACUGCAGGUUCAAGAUGGCAGUUCUGGCACUGUCAAAAGCGAAAGCAUGCUGGACAAAAACUGUACCCCUGUGUUGGAUGGCUUCAACCACUGGACUGAAUUAUCCAAAAGAACUGAUGGAAGACUUCCCAUUCAUCUAAAAAGUCACAGCAGAGAGUUGACUACUAAUGCUUCUCCACCAGAAUUAAACAGCCCUGUAUUGAGAAAUAUUACAAAUGAAAUUUUGCCUCCCAGAGCAGAUCAAGCAGAUGGAAACUCAGUUCAGAUUUUAAAGGAUUUAAAAUCAAAAACCAAAUUGUUUCCUGGGAGAGUUGAAUUCACUGAACAACCUGGCAGGAAAGAUGAAGGAGAUAUUCAGGUCUUCCCUGGAAAUCUGCAUGCUCCGGCCCUUGAAACAUUAAACCAGUCGAACAGCAUGAAUUCUGUUGGCACCAUUCUUGAUGUGAAACAACUCAGGCAGUUGCCAAAGUUGUUCUGAACAUCCCCCGAGAUGGCUGGCAACCACUGUUUUCCAAUCUGAGAGGGACCUCUCUGUAAAAGACUACAGGAAACCAAGGAUUAAGCUAUCUUUGAAGAGGCCACUCUGCAAGUUUUACAUUGCUACAACAGAACUGAGUUUUCAGCCCAGGUUGGGGACAGCCACCUCUAAAU